GCUCUCGCGGCUACCCUGCGACUGGAUGCUGUUGUGACCUAGUGUAGUAGUAGCUGCGAGAUGCAGCAGUUCUAUCAAGCUAAUCAGAGAAGUGAGCGACAUCUGCAUUCCCAUUGAUUAAAAGCGGGACUUUAUCCCCAGAUUGACAGCCAAACAGUUGCAUACAACAGGACUGUCACCCAGUAAAUCGAGAAAGUCGGUAGCUAGCCUUGACGGAAAUGCUGGAGAAACUAAGCAUUGGCUAGCAAGCUAGCUAACAUUUUCGACUAGAGGAUAAGGGUCGUCGCAGCAGGGCAUCAUUAAACAGCUGUUUUGUGUCUGUUAGCUGGGGGACAAUUCUGGUGUGGAAAAAUAAGUGCCAUGACUGGAGCUGGGGCUGAAGAUGACAUUCCAUCAGGUGAAAGGAAGACAGUUACAGACUUUUGCUACCUGCUGGACAAGUCUAAACAACUCUUCAAUGGGCUGAGAGACCUUCCACAGUACGGACAUAAGCAGUGGCAGUCCUACUUUGGGCGCACCUUUGACGUCUAUACAAAACUGUGGAAAUUUCAACAGCAGCACAGGCAGGUGCUGGACAAUCGAUAUGGCCUGAAGAGAUGGCAGAUUGGAGAGGUUGCAUCCAAAAUUGGGCAGCUUUACUAUCACUAUUACCUUCGUACCUCAGAGACAAGUUACCUGAAUGAAGCAUUUUCAUUCUACUCUGCCAUCCGACAGCGUUCCUACUACUAUCAGGUUAACAAAGAAGAUAGGCCAGAGUUGGUAGUGAAAAAGCUUCGAUAUUAUGCUCGCUACAUAGUCGUCUGUUUACUGCUGAACAAGAUGGACCUUGUGAAAGUUUUGGUCAAGGAGCUGUCAGAGGAAAUAGAAGACUACACUCAGAGAUUCAAUACUGAAGAUCAGUUAGAAUGGAAUCUUGUUUUACAAGAGGUUGCAGCUUUUGUGGAGGCAGACCCAGUGAUGGUCCUAAACAAUGAAAAUUCUGUUGCCGUGACCACCAAUCGACUGCAGGAGGGUGGUGUGCCAGCAUUGGAACAGGGAAUGGUUGUUGGGCAACUUAUCCUGGCAGAUGCGCUUAUCGUUGGCAACUGUAACAACCAGGUGAAAUUCAGUGAGCUAACUAUCGACAUGUUUCGCAUGCUUCAAGCUUUAGAACGGGAACCGGUCAAUCUGGCUAUUCAAACAACUAAAACAGGGUCAUUGGAACCUAGUGAGAAGCCAGCUAAGAGAGAAAAUCCUCACAAGUAUUUACUGUACAAGCCGACAUUCAGCCAGCUAUACACUUUCCUGUCUGCCUCUUUUAAGGAAUUACCAGCAAACAGUGUGCUGCUUGUCUAUAUCUCAGCCACUGGAGUCUUUCCUACAGGACGCUCAGAUUAUGAGGGGCCAUAUGACUUUGGAGGAGUUCUUACUAACACAAAUCGAGAUGUGGUGAAUGGGGAGACACAGCAGAAAAGAAACAAUGCCCAGAAAGAAAUGCACUGCCUUCACCCCGGAGACUUGUUCCCUUUCACCCGGAAGCCGCUGUUUGUCAUAGUGGACUCUUCCAACAGCACAGCCUAUAAGAAUUUCUCAAAUCUCUUUGGCCAGCCGCUGGUGUGCCUGCUAUCUCCCACAGCCUAUCCUAAGGGUAUACAAGAUCAAUCCCAGCGUGGAAGCCUUUUCACGCUGUUCCUUUACUGCCCCCUAAUGGCAUUUUUGUCAGUGUGUGGCUUGAGCAAUGUGCGCCAAGUAUUGUGGGAAAAGGCUCAAGAGUUUCUCCGCAAGGUGUAUCGUGACAUUGGCCAGAUGAUGACACGCUCGCGAACCAUAGACCAAGCCUUUCUACAAUUCUAUGGAGACGAGUUCCUUCGAUUACUGCUGGUUCGCUUUGUGUUCUGCUCAGCUACACUGAGACUCCACAAACUCUUCCGGGAAUCCAGAAGCUUCCCAGAGUCAUACCCACAGCUACCCAAACAGGAGACCGUGGAGAGUAGUGUUUUGCAGAAGCAUGUUCUCGAGCUGGCAGCCAUGCUAGAUGUGCAAAAUCUUUUCUGGAAUGACAUGCAGGAGAACAACUAAGUGAGAAGGACUAGUCAGCAAUUUCAUAGGUUAUAUAAUAGCAAACAAAUGUUAACAUUUGUAAAAGCCACCUUACUGUCUAUUACAGGUAAUUUAAUUGCUUGUUGAGCUCAUCCAGUUUCUUUUACUCUUUAACCUACAUAUGAAAUACAUGAAUCUGGUUGAGCAUUCAAUAUACAUACUGUAUAUUUGCAAUGAAAUCAACAUGGUCCAGCUAUCAAGUCAAUGUAGGGCACACAAGAACAGAAUAACCCUCCCCCAAAAAAAGAAAUAUAUAUAUAUAUUGACCUAGAACUUUUCCACCACUGCCGGUAAUGAUUCCAGAUGUCUGGACUGAAAAAGACAUGCAUUUACACUGUAGGGUAAUGCUCUACAUCAAUGGUAUGUAUAUUUUAUCUAUUUUAUUUGUUUAUCAUAACAUUCAAAAUCAAGGCUUCCCAAGAUUUGAAGGAGAAAAAAAAGAAUUAAGUUGGAACAAAAAACACGUAAUUCGAAAGUAAAUUAUACCAAGAAAUAUGACAAAUGUAAUUUUUACACAAACCUUUAAAAUAAUAAUCUGACAAAAUCAUUUUGUAUGUGCAUCUGUGAGUCCAGCUUUUUAAAUAUCAACAAGGCACUAAUCAAUGCAUCCCUGCAAGCUGUAUAUUAUCAAAAGGAGUAGACCCAGCUGUUUACCAUUCAUAUGUCCUCAUACAUGUUCCUAAAGAACAAAUAAUAAACAGAACCACAUCUUUUUCCUAUGUUUGAAAAUAUGGAUUAGUAUUGAAAUGAAUAUUUUCCCCUUUCCUGCUAAAUCCACUCAAUUAAUUGGUAAUAGUAUCAAGUGAACCUGUGGAUUCUUUCAAACAAUUCCAAUCAUUACACUAUGUGACCAACAGGCUACGUUCUAGAGUCUAAACCUUAGAAAGUUGACUGCCUGUGUGCGCUUCCUUGACUUAUUAUCUCAGCUCACGCUUGCAAACACAGAAUGUGGUAGUAUGCUGAAAGGUGAGAUUGCACUAAAAUUGAUCAAUUAAUCGAUCCAAUGGUAUUUUUGGUUGCUGAGACUAAGAAGUAAUUUUUCAAACUUAAUCAGUCAUUUGGCUUAAUGAAUAAUUUAUUAAUUUGUUUUGUCAGUGACACUCUCAUAGUGUUAUUGUUUGGCACCAUUUGUAUGCUUGUGGCUCCCAUAGUUGUGGGGGUUAUUUUUAAUUUAUUUGAAAUUUGUUAUUUUAGAUGGAAUUUAAGGAAAGAUUGUGAGGGCGGUACACUUAAUAUCACUUUCAGUGUAAUUGUUGAUAGUUUAGAGCACUUGAUCAGUCUCCAUUGAGAGCUAAUUGUGAAUAAAUUAUGGUUGACACACUUGUUUAAUCUAAUUAAAAUACAAAAAUGAAGGAAUCUAGUUUCAAUUAAGGGUUAAAUCAUGCAACAAAGUAAUGAUGGGUGGACUAGUUAAUAGGUUCUAAAAGACUGCUUGCAUUUAUUUAGGAUUAGAUUUGAAAAAAAGAUCCAUUCUUUAUACUUAUUUUAUACAACAUGCUCCAUUUUUAUACCAGGGAGUAUAACUUUGGUUAUACAAAGGUAUGAUGGGGGAAAAAAAAACUGUAGUACCUGACUAAACAUGUAUGCAAAGUCCAUUUUAAAUUUGUGCACUUAUGUAAGCCGUUCCAACUGAGUGUUCCAACUUCACACACUUAACCAUUACAUUUUUCACUUAUUUGCCUUUGUAAUUUACAUAAGCUGAGUGAAGUUGUUGACGGUGAACAGUAAUGUGAAUAUUUGCCAAAGUUUUCUUUGUCUUUUUUUAUGAGUUGAAAUGUAAUUUAGAUACUCAGGAACAUAUGCAGCGGUAUUUGAGCACACGUGUGGAAAGCAUACUAUUCUGAGGCCAGCACAUUCAAAUUAAAGUGUACCCAAAAGUAAAUAUAUUAAGUUAAAUACAGCCAAUAUUUUCAAUACGCUUGUUGAUAACAUUGAGCAGUUGUAUGUGUUAUAAGAAAACAUUCUUCCCGUUGAGGUAGGUUUGUUUGUAAAAACACUGUGCGUUGUAACCAAAAGGUUUAAUACUUUAUGCUGCUGCUUUUUGUUGAAGUAAGCCUGACCAUUACUAAGCUUCAUCAACAUAGGUGGAAACGUUUUAUUUUGGUGUCAACAAUUUAAGAUGUUAAAUUUAAACAUUGAGUUAUUGUCACUCCUGAUGAAAUUAACAUGUGAAGGUGUCAGAAUAGAAAAUAUUAUGAACGUGAAUUAUUGGCCACAUGAAGGGGGUUUGUAAGAAGAAUGUUUAAAAACUGUGACAUCUGCUUAAUAACAUUUUUUUAGUUGGCCUUCGAUUAGCUUUCAUCCCAUUCGUGGUGUCCAUUGCCAAUUAACAUUUUACUAUUUAAGUUGGACACUAAUGGAUUUUAAGAAUACACUUUGGGAAUUAUGUAUAACGACAACUAUGGACUUACACACAGAAGUGAAAUAGACCCUCCUUGGAAAACAUUUGAAGCUAGUUGCUAUAGCAGCUAAUGGGAACUCAACAGAUAUUGUGGAUGAUUCAAAAUCCUCUUUGACUUUAAAACCUUUCAGUUUUCAGGUAGUUUAUUAACUUUUUGUUUUUAGAGCAUACAUAUCAAUAGAAAACUGCAUGCUAAUCUGGCCACUGACUACUCUUCAAAGUAUUCAAAAAUAUUUUUCUCCAUAGAUAUAUUUGGUAUACAUUAAUGCACUAAAAUGUUUAUGGUAUUGGUAGUAUAUUUUAAUGUUUCAUUUAAAUUUUAGGAAUAUUUUAUGGAUGCAUUAUAGUUAUCUUAAGUCUCCAAUAAUUUUUAAUUAUUUGUUUGGUUCUUGACACGUAUCGCAGCAGAGCGCAUCCAUUUAUUAUUGUUGUUCCAGCUCAACUGGUAUACCAUCAAUCAAAAAACACAGCCUACUUCAAUGAUGGAGUUUGGGAAACCAACCUCAGACCAUUAGGAAUUACUUUAUUUGACACCCCUCCUUGCAUUCCGUAACCGGUAUACUAUUGCUAGCCUUUUUGGCAAGUUAAUUCUGCUGCUUGUUGUAUUUCUUUGCAUGUCUAUAUUGUCCUUAGCUUAUGCUGCCCUGUACAUGUCAGUGUUAACUGCAAGUCUGUUGAGAUUUUUACUGCAUGUUGCCAAGGUUAAAUUAAUGUAUUCUUGAUGGAACCCAUAAUGGAUGUGUAUUGUAAUUGAGCAAGCAGAUGGGGAAAAAACUGCCCUCUUACAAGCUUAUGGUCACAAAUGACAAUUUGCUAAGCAGAUUUUUACAUUACUAGGAAAUUUGAAUUCUUAGACUAAAUUAAGAAAGCAAUCAUGUUUUAAAAUGUGUAUAUUUGUGUACUUUACACUGUGUAUAUUGUAUGUUUACAGACAAAAUAAUAGCUUUCAGCACAGAGACGUUAUUGUCUGUAGUAUGUGUGUAGUAAGGUAGUUAAAUGUAAAAAUUGUGUGAAGAGAUAUGCAAUCAGCAUAUUGUGAAUGGUGCAUCAUUUCUGUGGGUCCCUCUUCUGUUCUUCAGCCUGUUCAGCCUACAUUCCAAGGACAUGGAGAGUCAGGGGGAAACUGCCACUGUUACCCUCCCUGUAUUACUAUGAUAGUAAUGGUACUAUUUUAUUAUAUGUGAUAAUGAUCAUGGUAGCCUUGCACUUUACUGUAUGGAAAUAUGAACUUGUGCUGUUGGUAAAAAGGCAUGUCAAGAAGCAUAUAUUCAUUUAGUUUCAUCCCAACCUCCCUCUCUAACCUGAUAACCUUUGAAUAUUUUGUGUGUUAAUCACAAUAGUCAAGAAUAUGGCUCAAUGGUAACAGUGACUGCAGACUAGUUUUUGUGAACAUUGUUGUAAUAAUUAUCCUAAUUAAUGCUUCUUAAUUAAAUACACAUUUUAGUUUGUUUGGGAUAGCAUGAAAGCCAAGCCUAAACUCAACCCAUUCAUAUCCUGAUCACACUGGACCAUUGGUCCGGGUCAAAUGGAUUCACAAGCACAAAAAGGCUAGCUCGGCUUGUCUCAAAGUACAGUAAAGGGCACACUUUUAUACAUAUAUUAUGGUAUAAUUUAAUGUUGCUCUCUGUGGAAAAAAAAUGAUCAUAAAACUUUUUACAUAAAAACAUGUAUUGUUUGGUUUGUAUGUGCAAAUAGGGUUGAACAGUUUAUAUAAAUGCUACAGUCCUUAUUCCACUUGUGUAAUGACCAAAAAUCCGUAACUUUGUAACCAGAUUACAAUUAAACUAGAAAAGGGUAGUUAUUGUAAAGAUUUGUGUGCUAUAGCUUCAGCAAUUAAAAUGUUAUUUUAUAUAACUUGAAUGCAAUAAAAAACGUUUUUUUUUAAUUUAUGACUAUAAUCUACUCAAAAAAGCCCCCUUUGGGGGGAAAAAGGUUUCUGCAGUUCAUCUUUCUCAGGCUGUAUUUCUUAGGGUUCAAAAUGACUUAUAGCUCCCGGGGUCCCCAAAGGUUUUAUCUUUUAAAAAUUGUUAAGACUAUUUUGCUAUCUUAUCUGUAUCUUUUCCACUUUUAAAUUAAAUCUUUUGUUUGGAAUAUUACAAUUUUGAACAAGAAAUUAACUCCUGACAAUUGUGAAAAAUCGAACCAAACACAUGGUGGCACUGUAAUUGCAACAUCAAUAUAUACUUGACCUAGACUUGUGCAGUUCUCGUGAUGCAGUCGAUAAAGAUAUCGGUGACACACAAUUCAGAAAUUCCUGGAAUUAUAGUGCCCAUGAUGCAGUCAUGACCGUUGCGGUUCGUUUCGACACCGACAACCGUCCGAGGAGCAGGCCCGAAUCAUCAGUUACACACCCCUGACCACAAAUGUUUGACGGCUCAUUGCCAUCAGGUUUUUUUCUUAUUUUCUUUAAUAAAUCAGCAUGCUGGGCAUAUACGGAAUAGCUCAUUCAUUAUGGGCCCUAUACCUCAUUGGAAAAUGAAAAGUAGCCAUUAAAAGCAGCUAUUACAAUAUAACUUGACUAAAAGCCUUAAACUUUUACAAGAUAGAAAUAUUUUGCUGAUGUCCAGCUACAGUGGCAAGGAAUUGAAGGAAAGUCUGAGUCAUCUUUACCCACUUUCGGCUCGCAAGAUUAGUGGCUCAAGCGCUUAGUGAAACUCAGCUCCAUGCUGUGAUAUUUCUCACAACAUCCAUAACAUUCUUUAAAGGGAUCCAUCACAAAAUAUGGCAGCAAUUCUUUUUUUUUUUUCAAUCUCGAGGCGUUGAUCCAAACCGUGUCAGCCACAGCUCCACACAUUUAUGGGUCCUGACAUGGACACCUGCAAAAUGACAGCUUCUCAGGCAAAUUGUUCCACCACAAUAAUCAACCCACUACAAAACUUGCACACAUACACACUGAUUUCAGUAUUUUGACUUGAAAUUAUACACUUGUUCAGAAAGUACUUCAAACAUAAGUGUAUACAUUUAUUUAUUGUAACAAAGCAACUGGUACACUUAAAUGUUAACGUGAACAGUUAUCCAGUGGAAAAGGUGGAGAAAUACACCAAUGUAGCUUCUGUAUUAGUCUACUUGGUCUUUGUUCUCUCAUCAUAUUUUGUUUAUUUGCAGAGCUUAAAAUUACAAGGAAUUUUUUGUGUUUUGUUUUUAUUAAAAAUGUAUAUUUCAAACCUCAUGGGUAAAACAA